UAGAAAACAAAAAUCGAAGGCAAAGGGUGAACAAAAUUAACUCCGGUUGAACCUGAUAAAAGGCAGACCGUUUGGAAAGAGAAAGGAAACAGGGAAAGAGUCGAGGGAGGAGAGAGUUAACAUAAGGAGAGCAGUCUCUUUUUCUUUCUUCUUCCCCCUCUCUGUUUCCUGUAUUGGAUACUCAUCAUCUUUGUCUUCUGCAGAGAUGAUUUCCUUAAAUGGGCCCGCUUUCAUGACAAUUUCGGGGAUUUCGAGGUGCUUGACACAGUCACAGUGUCAGAGAAAAUUUUCAGCUCCGUCGGUGGUUGCAGCCGUCAGCUCGAACGGCCGACCCGGAGACCGAAAUGUGAACGUCGCGAUGGGGAGUGCUCUGAAGGAGAUGACCGAAACCGCAGCUGUCGUGGAGAAGGAGACCAAAUCCACCGUCACCGGCGGAGUUGGAGAUGUGUACGGCGAGGAUGCUGCCACCGAGGAUCAAACGACAACCCCUUGGACUGUCUCUGUUGCAAGUGGAUACACAUUGUUGCGUGAUCCACACUACAAUAAAGGCCUUGCUUUCAAUGAUAAAGAAAGGGAUGCUCACUACUUGCGCGGACUUCUUCCUCCCGUGGUUGUUAGUCAUGACCUUCAGGUUAAAAAGAUGAUGCACACUCUCCGUCAGUAUGAUUUACCAUUGCAGAGGUACAUGGCCAUGAUGGAUCUGCAGGAGAUGAAUGAAAAGCUAUUUUACAAGCUUCUUAUUGACAAUGUUGAAGAGCUUCUUCCAAUUGUCUAUACUCCCACUGUGGGUGAAGCUUGUCAAAAAUAUGGAAGCAUCUUUAGGCGACCUCAAGGCCUUUUUAUAAGCUUGAAAGAACGGGGGAGAAUUCUUGAGGUAAUGAAAAAUUGGCCUGAGAAAAAAAUUCAAGUCAUUGUUGUCACUGACGGAGAAAGAAUUUUGGGACUUGGUGACCUUGGUUGUCAGGGCAUGGGGAUACCUGUAGGAAAGCUCUCAUUGUAUACUGCUCUUGGGGGCAUUCGACCCUCUGCUUGCUUACCUGUAACCAUUGAUGUGGGUACAAACAACGAGAAGUUGCUAAAAGAUGAGUUUUAUAUUGGUCUCAGACAAAAGAGAGCAACUGGGCAGGAAUAUGCUGAACUCAUUGAUGAAUUUAUGGCUGCCGUCAAGCAGAUGUAUGGGGAGAAAGUGCUUAUUCAGUUUGAAGACUUUGCAAAUCAUAAUGCAUUUGAUCUUCUUGCAAAAUAUGGCCCUAGUCACCUUGUUUUCAAUGACGAUAUACAGGGCACAGCAUCUGUAGUGCUUGCAGGGCUUAUAGCAGCACUAAAGAAAGUUGGGGGCACAUUAGCUGAGCACACUUUUUUAUUCCUUGGGGCCGGAGAGGCAGGCACUGGUAUUGCUGAACUCAUUGCACUUGAGAUUUCAAAACAGACUGGAGCUCCCGUUGAAGAAGCUCGGAAGAAAAUAUGGUUGGUAGACUCCAAGGGGUUGAUUGUUAGGUCCAGGCUGGAGUCACUUCAGCAAUUUAAAAGGCCGUGGGCCCACGAACACGAGCCCGUAAAGAAACUUUUGGAUGCAGUCAAAGCAAUUAAACCAACAGUCUUGAUUGGAUCUUCUGGAGCUGGGAGAACGUUUACUAAAGAAGUCAUUGAAUCUAUGGCUUCCUUCAACAAGAAACCUAUCAUUCUUUCUCUCUCAAACCCAACAUCACAGUCGGAGUGUACUGCAGAAGAGGCUUAUACUUGGAGUAAGGGACGAGCUAUUUUCGCUAGUGGAAGCCCAUUUCCCACAUUUGAGUACAAGGGAAAGAGUAUAUCGUCUGGUCAGGCAAACAAUGCAUAUAUAUUCCCUGGGUUGGGUCUUGGACUGAUCAUUUCGGGCGCAAUCCGUGUACAUGAUGACAUGCUUCUUGCAGCCUCGGAAGCUCUCGCUGCGGAGGUCACACAAGAAAACUUUGACAAAGGACUCAUAUACCCUCCAUUUUCCAACAUCAGAAAAAUUUCAGCUCAUAUCGCUGCCAAAGUAGCAGCCAAAGCAUAUGAACUUGGUUUGGCGACGCGUAUACCCCAACCAGAGAACUUGGUAGCAUAUGCUGAGAGCUGUAUGUACAGCCCCUCCUACCGCAGUUUUCGCUAAGCUGAUGCAAUGAUCAAUAUAAUAUAUACAGAUACCAGUUUCGUUUCAGGAUUAGAUACUGUUUUUACUUGUGCUGAUUCCCCUUCAGUAAAAAGCAGGGGAAUGUUAGAUUGGCAAAUGCAUUAUAGUGAAGAUGUUGUUCCUGGAAAAGAAGAAUAAUAGUAAUAGUAAUAAUAGCAGUCUGCUUUAAAACAUUUGUAAGCAUUUCUUCAUCCGUUGUGGGUUUACUUGGUUUAGUUGAAACUUGAAAGGCAUAACAUCAAAAACCAUGUUGUAACUUUUGGAAGAGUUAAUUACUUCAAUGUAUCUACACCUCAAUGAGAUUUGGUCAAAUCAUCAAGUGACCCUUGCCUAGAGAGUGUUAAAAUCACAAACGAGGUGAUUUACUGGCAGGUUUUUUUAUAGCUCCUUUAUUUGACAUCGAAAGAUUGCAAGAUAUAAUGCCAUGCUCUGUAUUAACAGAAGAUUUAUAGUUUUUGAUGGAUUUUCAGUUGAAAAAUCUAGAGUUUUCCCAAA